AUGAGGGGCUACAACAUAGCGCUGUGCAAACAGCGUCCCUGGACUAUACAAGCGACCCCUACGCUUCUUCCAGCGCCGGCUAGCGAUCCAACGUUUCGUCCCAAAUGGCCAGUCCGUCGUUUCGAUCGCAUCGCUGCUGCUGCAGCAGCUCGCAACACGUCUGGAAACAAUGGUAGAGCUGAGAACAAGCGUUGGGGCCACCAGGCCGGCGCCGGUGACGAGGAUGGCAGCAGCAGCGGUGGCGGUGGCGGUGGCGGUGGUGGCGGUGUAACCCCUGGCGACAUUAUCAUCUUCAAGCCGGCAGAGGAGAGCUCCUCCAAGAGGCGGGUGCAAGGUCCCCUACGACGGAGCUCCUACCGGCGAACUAAGGAGAAGGCGGAGGAGAUCCGGAGGCAGCGAGCGGAUUACCAG